ACGAAGUACUCCGGAAAAUGGAGAAAAUCACUGUUGAAUAAGAUUUCUCCUCCGGAUUAGCAUUGAAUUAAAUAAAACUCGAUCUCCGCUGGAGUACAGUAAAGAGGGCACCUCUUUGUCAGUAAUUACGGUAGCGGUCGGGCUGCCCUUUGCCCUUUCACAGGGGAAGUGUAACGUCAGUGCCGCGGCGCCGCAUGGAAACGGCGUUCUGUUGCUGAGGAUCACGUUGCCCCGUUUACAUCAUGUCCUCGAAAAAGAAAGCCAAGUCCAAACCGGUGCGGGAUCAGGGCGCGUCGCCGAGGGCUGGGCUGGACUGCUGGCCGUCGCCGGUGAAGUCCCCUGGUGCCCCGAGUCCGGGGGCUAAGCUGGACGGCGUGGAGACCGAGACGCAGUCAUGCCUUGUACUGACAGUCUCCGACACCAUAGAGAAAGCUGAUGAGAAGGUACCGAAAGCUUGUCGAAGAUGUCUUGCUCAGAUGGGUCUUAACAACAUGAAACAGGCAAAUAUCUGCAUUGGCCGACCGAUACUCCUCACCAGUGCUGCUGGCAGACAGGAAGUUUGCACAGCGUGGCCUGUUCAAAGUUUUCCAGGGGGUAAGAUAGGGUUGAAUAGAAUCACCCAGAAGAAUCUGAAGAUCAAAGUGAAUGAUGCCAUUACAGUUGAGCCACUGCUUGGCCCAGUACUGCAGGCAGAGGAAUUACAAGUAGCUCUGAGAGAAGAAGAUGAACCCUUCAACAAAGAAGAAUUAUCUGACUUCUUGAUAAGGAAUAUGGAUGGGAAGAUAGUAUUACCUGGCAACUUGUUGAACAUUACUUUUUAUGGUCGGCUGUUUCAUUUGAUGGUGAUGAAGAUAAAAGGAGUGAAUGGCGUGGUUGCCGAAAUGUCAUUCAAUGCCCCGUCCAGGGAUACGAGUAUGACUGAGGAAUCCUUGCUUGAGAAAUCAGUGCAAGAGAAGGAUGCAAUAGACUUAUCGGCACAUUUCAGCAGUUUGGCCAUUGAAGUUACUCAGGACAGAGACAGUGCUGUAACCUAUUCAUUUUCUCCUAUGGCAGAUUCUCAGACUGCAUCAAUCCAGACUUGUAAUAAUACCCUGGAUAGUGGAAAAUUACUGGAAGCAGGCAAUGGGAUAAGAUGCUCUACAGCAAGCAACAACGAUGUUGUUGAGAAGUCUGAAUGUAUUCCGGAAGGAGUUGACAGAUGUUCCUCUUCAGUGGAUGGCUUGAUUCUGAUGCCUAACAGUUGCUUGAAAAGCAACAGAGAUACUUUUUACUCCAUUUCUCUCCUCACUCAAAUUAAGUUCUUGCAAGGACAAAAUGAUGAUGAACAGAACAAGGAAGAGUACAAAUCCAAAGUGACUUAUGACAUGAUCGGAGGUCUGGCCAGUCAACUGAAAAUGAUUAGAGAAAUUAUUGAAUUACCCUUGAAGCAACCACAACUGUUCAUGUCCUAUGGAAUUACACCUCCAAGAGGAAUUUUGCUGUUUGGUCCUCCUGGUACUGGAAAAACCUUGAUUGCUAGAGCUGUCGCUAAUGAAGUUGGAGCUCACAUCAUUGUCAUCAAUGGACCUGAAAUCAUAAGCAAGUACUAUGGAGAAAGUGAAGCAAGGCUGAGAGAGAUCUUUGCAGAAGCCACUCAAUGUCAACCAUCACUGAUAUUUAUAGAUGAACUUGAUGCCAUAUGUCCGAAGCGGGAAGGAGCUCAGCAUGAAGUUGAGAAGCGAGUUGUAGCAUCGCUACUUACCCUAAUGGACGGUAUUGGCUCGGAGGGGAGUCAAGGACAGGUCCUGGUCCUUGGUGCCACAAAUCGACCUCAUGCCUUGGAUCCAGCUCUUCGGCGACCAGGACGGUUUGACAAAGAAAUAGAGAUUGGAAUUCCAAAUGCUGCUGAUCGCCUUGAUAUCUUGAAAAAAUCUCUGAAGAAUAUUCCAAUCUCAUUGACUGAGAAGGAGCUAGUACACAUUGCAGAUGGUGCUCAUGGAUAUGUUGGUGCAGAUCUGGUAGCGGUCUGUAAGGAAGCAGGUCUACAUGCUUUACGUCGAACCCUUGAAGAAUGUAGCAACCCUUCAGACAAUAAGUUGGCUGGUUCAGUGAAGAUAACUUUUAAUGACUUCCUGCAAGCGAUGAAUGAUGUCAGGCCUAGUGCCAUGAGAGAAGUAACUAUUGAUGUUCCAAAAGUGUCCUUGUCAGACAUAGGAGGGAUGGAAAAUGUGAAACUGAAACUCAGACAGGCAGUUGAGUGGCCGCUAAAACAUCCGGAAUCUUUUGCCAGAAUGGGAAUUCAGCCUCCUAAAGGAAUUCUCCUUUUUGGACCUCCUGGAUGUUCCAAGACAAUGAUAGCAAAAGCUUUGGCCAAUGAGAGUGGACUGAAUUUCUUAGCAGUGAAGGGACCAGAACUAAUGAGUAAAUAUGUUGGAGAAUCUGAGCGGGCUGUGAGAGAGAUCUUCAGGAAGGCCAGGGCUGUAGCACCUUCUAUCCUUUUCUUUGAUGAAAUAGAUGCACUGGCUGUUGAAAGGGGAAGCUCUGCUGGUGCUGGGAAUGUGAGCGACAGAGUACUUGCACAAUUGCUUACCGAAAUGGAUGGUAUUGAACAGCUACAUAACGUGACAAUAUUAGCAGCAACUAAUAGGCCUGAUAUGAUAGACAAGGCUUUGAUGCGUCCUGGACGGAUUGACCGUAUUAUAUAUGUACCAUUGCCCGAUACCCCAACUCGAGCAGAGAUUUUCAAGCUGCAGUUUCGUUCCAUGCCGAUCGGUGAUGACGUAUGUUUGGAUUAUCUAGUGAACAGGACCCAGAAGUAUUCUGGAGCUGAGAUCGUUGCCCUUUGCAGAGAAGCUGCUCUUUUGGCCCUUCAAGAAGAUCUGCAGGCCAAGAUAAUCACGAAAAAGCAUUUUGAACAGUCAUUUAAAAUAGUCACUCCAAGGAUCCCUCAGAAACUCAUUGAAUUUUAUGCUAAUUACCAGCAACAAAGUGGAUUGCAUAUGCUUUAAGAAAAUGGAUCAGUCACUGAAGAUGUCAAACUCGUAAUGAAAAUUUAAAUAAAUUUACAUUCUCCAAAA